UCUUAACAUUCGCACCUAUGGACUUAAUUGUUAUCAGAUAAGGCAACCAAAACAACUAUAGCAUGAAAACGGGUUAUGCGUCAAAUCGAUAGAUAGGCUUAAGUACAGAGAAAACCCACUAGGACGCACCUUCCUAGGUUUAUUGCUGUCCUACAAUAAAAUCGUUUUAAGAGGCGACUCUAUUGGAGUAGUUGCAUAUCAUUGGUACCUUUGCAAGGUAAGGAAACAGGCUGUGACAAGCAACAUUUCAGAGGGUAGAGAAGGGGAUACCGCGAGCAGAAAGUUAUAUAGCCUGACAAGUCAUCAUCAUGCCGAGGUAUAACUUUUUGCUGUGUUUGAUGGUUUAUAUUUGUCUGGGACUGUCUGGGAGUGACGAGCCUAAUCUUUUUUUGCCACCAACGAGCGAGACUCCCACGGACGACGGGCUUUCGCUCCUCGAUGAAGAAGCGGGCGCUCAUGGAUGUUCCGCAUGCGUUUGGCGAGAGCAAAGUAAAGUCCUGAGGCUGGAGACCAUCAAGUCUCAGAUCCUGAGCAAGCUGCGGCUCAAGCAGGCUCCUAACAUUAGUAGGGAGGUAGUGAACCAGCUGCUCCCCAAGGCACCCCCACUCCAGCAGCUUCUGGACCAUCACGAUUUCCAGGGAGACGCGUCCUUUCAGGAUGAGUUUAUGGAGGAGGACGAAUAUCACGCCACGACGGAGUCCGUCAUCACUAUGGCCUCCGAGCCGGAGCCCUUGGUGCAGGUGGAUGGCAAGCCUAGCUGCUGCUUCUUCAAGUUCAGCCCCAAGCUCAUGUUCACCAAGGUUCUGAAGGCUCAGCUGUGGGUGUACCUACGGCCGCUACAGCAGACCUCCACCAUCUACCUGCAGAUCCUCAGGCUGAAGCCCGUCACGGAGCAGGGCAGCCGCCACAUCCGGAUCCGCUCGCUGAAGAUCGAGCUCAACUCCCGCGUGGGCCACUGGCAGAGCAUCGACUUCAAAAACGUGCUGCAGAACUGGUUCAAGCAGCCACACACCAACUGGGGGAUCGACAUCAACGCCUUCGAUGAGAGCGGCAACGACCUAGCAGUGACCUCGCUAAGACCGGGGGAGGAAGGGCUGCAGCCGUUCCUGGAGGUUAAGGUUCUCGAGACGACCAAACGUUCCCGACGUAACCUGGGACUGGACUGCGACGAGCACUCCACUGAAUCCCGCUGCUGCCGCUACCCGCUAACGGUGGACUUUGAGGCUUUCGGCUGGGACUGGAUCAUCGCUCCCAAGCGCUACAAGGCCAACUACUGUUCGGGCCAGUGCGAAUACAUGUUCAUGCAGAAGUAUCCACACACCCACCUGGUACAACACGCCAACCCCAGAGGCUCAGCAGGGCCCUGCUGUACCCCCACUAAGAUGUCGCCCAUCAACAUGCUCUACUUUAACGACAAGCAGCAGAUCAUCCACGGCAAGAUCCCUGGCAUGGUGGUGGACAGGUGUGGCUGCUCUUAGACCCAACAGAAGUCAUGCAUAAUCGUGCACGCCUAACUCCACAUCAUUUCCACCCAAAACCCUGACUAAGCGCUCCUCUGGCACCAGACUUUAUCCCCCUUCUCACUCCGCCACAAAAAAAUCCCAUGGGACCUCCAUUCUCUUAGUUAUUCAUUUUAGUCAAACGUAAAAAUGAAAUAUGAAAUGAAGAUAGGACUGAGGCUGAGUGGUAGAAAUAUAUAUUGAAUAUUAUAAAGGGGAUGUGUCUGUGGAGCAGCUUGAGAAACUUAUGGUAAAGAAGACAAAACUA